AUGCGUAAGAAGCUUGUCGUUCCUUGGAAAAAUCACUAUCGCAGCCAAGCAAGGUCGCUGGCCUGGUACGAUGCCGAAGGAGACGCUCCGAGCCACAAUCCGUUUGGAAGAACGAGGUCUCGUCCGGAGAGGACGCUGUCGUCGAGCCUGGAAGCAGGCGACGGCAAUAACAACAACUACACGGCCGGAAAGGCAGAGACUACGCCUAAUGCAGCGCCCCUGACCAUUGGGACCGACGGCUUCCAGGCUGGAACCGAGCCUGUUACGAGCACCGAGCCUCUCAGUCGCGGUGCUGGAGAUGUCCAGGACGGCGAGAACGGCGCCCCGAGAGGUUCGGAGGGCUCAGAGUCGAUGAACAAGCAGCAGCAGACCAGCCCUGAAGCAGAUGCGCCAACCGCUGCGCACCCAAAGCAGUUUACCAUUGCUGGCCAGUUGAGAGCUACUUUGUUCAGCUCGUGGAUCAAUAUCCUCUUGUUUGCUGCUCCUGCUGGAAUUAUUAUGUAUUAUCUCAAGGUCAACGCGGUCGCCGUCUUUGUGGUCAACUUCAUUGCGAUAGUACCACUUGCUGCAAUGCUUAGUUAUGGAACCGAGGAAAUUGCCAUGAGAACCGGAGAGACUGUCGGCGGACUUCUUAAUGCCACCUUUGGUAACGCUGUUGAACUCAUUGUAUCCAUUCUUGCGCUAUUCAAGAACGAGAUUGUCAUUGUGCAGACUUCCCUGAUCGGAAGUAUACUGUCCAACCUGUUGCUGGUUAUGGGCAUGUCCUUUUUCGUUGGAGGCGUGACCCGUAUCGAGCAGAAUUUCAAUGUGACAGUAGCUCAGACAGCCUCCAGUCUACUCGCGUUGGCCGUCGGCAGUCUCAUCAUCCCCACGGCCUUCCACACCUGGUCAGGAAAUGGCGAGGCAGGCAUUGCGGAGAUUUCCAGAGGUACCAGUGUGAUCUUGCUGGUUGUGUACGGAGCCUAUCUGUUCUUCCAGCUCAAGUCCCAUGCUUCCAUCUUCAACACACCAAGCGAGAAGGUAGAAAAGCGAUCAAAGUCCAAGAAGGUCGAGGAUGGCGAUGCUUCCAAGGGCAUCGCUCAAAUUGGAGCUGGGUUUGCGGCUACCAUGGGCGGACAAAACGCCCAGCAGAACCCAGUGGUGGUCCCCGAUGAGGAAGAGGAACCCCAGCUCAGCAUAUACGUUGCUGUCUUUACUCUCUGCGCUUCCACCGCUCUGGUCGCCCUUUGUGCAGAGGCAAUGGUUUCUUCGAUUGAUGCAAUCACUGAAUCUGGUGGAAUUUCGGAAACGUUCGUCGGUUUGAUCUUGCUUCCUAUCGUUGGAAACGCGGCAGAGCACGCUACUGCUGUCACCGUGGCGGCGAAGGACAAGAUGGAUCUCUCGAUCGGGGUUGCUGUCGGCUCAAGCAUGCAGAUAGCCCUACUUGUGCUACCGCUUCUUGUAGUCAUCGGUUGGAUUGCCGGAAAGGAUGACAUGACUCUUUAUUUUGACGGAUUCCAAGUCACAGUGCUCUUCGUCACCGUUCUUUUGGUCAACUACCUUAUCCAAGACGGAAAGUCACACUGGUUAGAAGGAGUCCAACUCAUGACCCUCUACAUCAUCAUCUCAGUUGCUGCAUGGUUCUACCCAUCCCGCAGCGAGAAGAUGCACGGGAUGUAG